AUGCGGUUCAGCGCAGACGACGUUGCCUUCAGCGAUCCAGCAGGACCCGACGAGACCGAAGAGAGCGAAGCGUCCUGGAUCGAACGUCUCAGAGAACGCCUCGCUCGCUCAUCUCAGGCAACGCAGAGCUACCUCGAUCGCUACGCUAGUGAUCACCAUCUUCUCGUGGCUCGACACGAUGAGCUCUGUGCGCUGCUCCAUGCGAAAGACGAACAACUCGCCGAACAGAAUGCGCUCAUCACCACGAUGCGCAGCCGAUUGCUGGACCUCGAGCUGCAAAUGACCGGACCGCGCGACGCGACAGACUUUGCAGCAGAGUUUCGUUUGACUCCUACCGAGCAAGCUGAUCUCCUGGCAUUUUCACGAAAAGCCAAAUUACCCCGGCAUGUCGCUACAAGUGCGAUAUUCUGGACCCGCAGUCAGGCCGUCAAAGCAGGCGCCUUCCAAAGGGGGGAAGUGGGUCGACGUACGGUUCUGGGUGCGCGACGUUCAGUACAGCCCCAUAUCGGCGGCUUUCGGCAUCGAGGAAUAUCGCACUUGUAG